GUCCUCUGGGCGCAGCGCUCAUCCAACGUCGACGCCGAGAAGAACUUCAUCUAUCUCACCAUCAGCGUGCCCGACGUGCCGCGGGAGAACCUCAAGCUUGACCUCAAGCCGACGGGGCUGACAUUUGAAGGCCACUCGGACACGCUCAAGAAGACGUACCACGUCGAGCUCGAGUUCUACGCUGAGAUCGACCCGGAGGCCAGCAAGGUUAACCACACGGCGCGCGACGUCGAGAUGAAGCUGCGCAAGAAGGAGCUCAGCGAGUCGUACUGGCCGCGGCUGCUCAAGGACACCAAGAAGGCCCACUUCCUCAAGACCGAUUUUGACAAGUGGGUGGACGAGGACGAGCAGAACGAGGCCGCCGAGGACGACUUUGCCAACUUUGGCGGAAUGGGUGAGUAG